AUGAUCAAUCGUCCUGCUGCAGACAUGGACACCACAUACGCUCCUCCAAUGGGAAAUCCAACACCCCAUAGAGAUUCGUGGGGCUCUGCAUCAUCCACUUGCUCCCAUCUAGAAAUGUCUUUUUCUCAUGACAGUUGCUAUGGCUCAGACGAAGUCUCAGUCACAUCCGCUAGUACAAACCCUGCGCAAUCUAGUACCUCGACUUUCCCCGCCAAACCACCACUUCAUCCUUUCUUGAAAUCUAUCCUCAAGAACUCCUCUACUGCCGUUGAAUCCGACGAAGAGUCGGAUUUGGAGUCUGGCUACAGCUCCGAAGGUGAUUCCGAGUACGAUGCGCUUUCUGAUGCAGAAUAUGAUGAUGAGGAUGAUGGCGAUGCAUCUGACUUCUCAAUCUGGGAUGAGACCUGUCGCGAUGCCCCUGAGACUCACGAGGAUCAUACCGAGUCUUUUGACGAUGCAUUCAUCUCGUUUGAGGAGAACGCGGUGCGUUUUGCCGCCGACGUGCAGUACAUUGAUUCAGUCGAAGUCUCCGAUGGCGAGAAGACUCCUGAUACAGAAAUGACCUGCCAUGAGAUGAUGCUGCUGGCUCUAAAGUCCAAGACAGAAAGUGGUCUGGAACACUUCGACAGUAUGGAUAUCAACGACUCCGAUGAUGAUGAAGAUCCACAUGAGUUCCUGAAUAAAGUCACUACCAAGCCGGAGGAGUUCUCGCGCGAUGCCGUGGAAUUAGACCGAAGUCUUUUCGUCGCUUACAUAAAUGGCAUGCAUGGUAUUGCCGACAAGAAUUUCAAAUCCUACCUUCGAACUCAGGUUGACCACAUUCGCCUCGGCCAAGAGGCUGACACCAUGGGCCCUGAUGGAUCGUCUUCCUUGUACCUUGAUAUGAUCUCCAGCCACGUCAUCGGUACCUUCUGCAACCUUCUCACUCAAGAUGAAUUGGAUGAGUUGAUCAUUUUGCGUGCCGAAAAGCAGCCUAGCAACACAAACCAUUCCGCUCUUGACUUGGACCACCAUAACGCCCUCCUGGACAGAAUCGAGAAGUUCCUCUUGGAUAGACUCACAAAUGGCCGCGUCGAUGUUGGUCCUGAUGAACUGAGCUUUUUUGCCGGCGUGAUUGCCCACGACCUCGGCACCAAACCUUUGCCAGCGCAAAAUUCAGUCAUUCUUGCGCCCUGA